UGGACCAAGGAAGAAGACGCCAUUCUGCUCAAAAUUGUGCAAGGGAUGCAAAUGCCCAUGAAGUGGAGUGUUGUCGCACAAAACUUACACGAUCGUACGGGAAAGCAGUGUCGCGAGCGCUACGUCAAUCAUCUCAAUCCCCGUCUCAAGGUCACGGACUGGAAUCCGGUCGAAGACUCCACCAUAUUUCACCUUUACAACACUAUCGGUAGCCACUGGGCAAAAAUGUCCAAGGUCAUCCCCGGACGCACGGACAACGGCAUCAAGAAUCGCUUCCAUAAUCUCCGCCGACAGUACGAACGUGAA